UGUGGUAAACAUUCUUUUCUUCCUUUACAAAAAUUAUCUUUCAUUCUUCUAUUAUCAUUUGCUAUUUUAAAAAUUGCAUUGAUAAGUCUUGAAAACUUUCUUGAUAUACACGAUUAUAGUUGAACAAGAAAAAACAGAAUAAAUUUCUAUUGCCAAAAACAAACUCUAUCUCUCUAUCAAUCUCUAUCUAAACAGUUUUUAUUUUCAAAAUCUUUUAGUUUUAUUAAAUCUCAUUAACAUCAUCAAAAACCAAAGUCCAGUUCCAUAUAUCUGCAUAUUGAAAGCUGAAAACAUGGGCUUUAAGGAUUUUCAACUCAAGAUAGCAAAGAAACUUAGGCUGAAAAAAUUUCUUGCCAAAAAAGAAGGAAACAAGAAGAGAGGAUCCGGAAAUGGAAAGAGGCUUUCAUGGCUGACGCCAAUAACUCAUGGAUACUACGUGGCGGAAGAAAGGCCAUCGAGAGGCGGUGGGGCCAGGCCACAAACUCCUCAAAAUAACAAGCUAGAAUGUGAUAAAGUGGUGGUGCAAAGGGAACAAGUGGAAGAACAAGAGUGGUGGUUUUAUGGUGUUUUUGACACCCGAAUUGGUGGUGGAGUUACCAAGUACCUGCAGACUCAUUUGUUCGAUAACAAUCUUAAUGAGUCACAGAUGAGGAGGAAAAGCAAAGAAACAUUGAAAAAGGCACAUGUCCAUGCAAAAGCUAAGGUCAGGGAAACAGAGAAACUAGAAAACUCCUGGAAAAUGGGUUCAGCUUCAGCAAUAGUCAUCAAUGGAGAGAAGCUAAUACUGUUAAACAUGGGUGAAUACAAAGCUGUAGUAUGCAGAGAUGGCGAAGCUUUCGAAAUUAACAGAAGGCAACAGCAAACAACAAAGCCACAUUGGUCACAUAAGCUCUUCCCAGUUGUAAGAAGAAUAGCUUCCGAUUCUGGAAAGGGAGCUGGAGCUGAUAAGCCUUCUAAAAGCUCGGAACUUGUUGUUGGUUCUGAAAAGAUUGAUCGCGAUACUGAGUUUGUUAUCCUAGCGAGUCCUGGCAUAUGGGAGGUAAUGAAGCAGCAAGAGGCAGUGAACUUGAUCAGACAUUUGGAAGAUCCACAAGAAGCUGCUGAAUGUUUAGCCAAAGAGGCUUUGACUAGAAUGAGCAAAAACAAUGUUUCUUGCCUUAUUAUUAAGUUUGAGUGAUGCAGAAAUGAGAAAGUUUGUGUAGAACUUCUAGCAUUUCUGAAUGAAACUACACUUUGAAUUUACAUACUUUGUUAUGAGCGAUUCCCAUUUACAGAACUGGGAAGUUAUCCAAUACAAAUUAGGAGUAAUAUAUUUAGCAAAUUAUUAUUGCUUUUUCAAGCAAUACUUCUGUAAGCUCAAGCUAGAAUCUCAUCAUUAGUUUUGGUAAAUGUCAAGAAAAAGAAUUGCUGGAUUACUACUUUUCUCUCU